GCCGGCCGCCGACGCUUUCCGAUUACCACUUCAAACAUAUUUUUAACUAAGCUUUGUAUUUCUAUGCACGAGAUAACCAAUUCAUAUUACAGCCAACCUUGGACUUCGACGAUACACCCUUCCGGCAGCAAUGUUACCCCUAAAAGUCCCUUCACGGUCGCAACGUGCCCUUGCUAUUUCUCCUUUCAUCCCAAAGCGACCUUCCUCCUCGAAGAGGUGGCAAGCACGUCAACUUAAAGAUCAUUUUACAAGAGAGGCAACAGUGCAAGGGCUGAAAAGUCGAGCUGCCUUUAAACUUAUGCAGAUAGAUGCGAAAUAUCGCAUUUUUUGUGACGGGCAGACUGUUGUCGAUUUGGGGUAUGCGCCGGGUUCGUGGUCUCAGGUGGCAGUCAGUCGCACUGGGCCAAAUGGUCGCGUCCUUGGCGUUGAUAUCAUUCCUGCUCAGCCACCAAAGGGUGUAUCUACGAUUCAAGGAAACUUUUUGGAUCCUAGCAUCCAGGCCUAUGUCCAAGAUUUAUUGCAUGAUCCAACAAGGGACCAACGGCACCGCCCAGGCAUAAACCCACAUAUUGGCCUGAGCCAUGAGGCGUCUGAAUUGCAUGGGGAUAGAAAAAACCCCGCCCACAACAACGAAGAGAUGGAAGAUCAUUGCCUGACUGGUAAAAGAACCGUGGACGUGGUUCUAAGUGAUAUGUCUGUCCCCUGGUAUCAAACCUCUGGAUUCUGGAAGAGAAGUCUAAGUGAUUCGUACAACAGGAUGAUGAAUACUAGUGGCAUGAGUUUCAGAGAUCAUGCGGGAAGCAUGGACCUCUGCCGAGCUGCGCUACAGUUUAGUUUCGAGGUCUUGAAGGCAGGUGGCCACUUUGUUUGCAAGUUCUACCAGGGAGCCGAAGACAAAGAUUUGGAGAAGCAGCUCAAGCGGCUGUUCCAGAAAGUACAUAGACUUAAACCAGAGUCUUCACGUAAUGAAUCUAAGGAAGCCUAUUUCAUUGGUCUUGCACGCAAACAACAUGCAAUGAGGCAUGAAGUGCUCGCAUCUCCUUGACAAUAAUGAUUUCUGCGGAAGCCUACCGGCUCAAAGGACUCGCCUCGAAAGAAGACCUCAUCCCAAUCAAUGUCUGCAGCUGUAGCUUCAGCGAUUGUUUGAACCUUGCAGAGCCUCAGCAUUUGUCUUAAAAUAGAGGGCAAAGAGAACAAACAAGAAACGAGAAUGGGGGACCAACCUCCUUAAGGCCGCUUAGGUCUUCCACGUAUCCAGUCUCAUUCAAAGCUUUGUGCACAAAAUCCCAGCCUUUCUCCUUGUACGUGUCAACGAUUUUUUCUGAGCAAGCACUACAGCACUUGUAGCUCCUGCCCACUACACAUAGAUUCUCAAAUGUUGAAAGGAAACCUCUAAUUUGAUGUGGCACGAGUCCUAGGGGAUGACUCCCUCGAUCAUCAUCCCUUGAGACCGGAGCCGGAGCUGCAGCACCCAGAGGGUGUUGAAGGACGGAAAUUAGCAGCUCAACCAAUAAAGCCGAAGCAAUUGCGGCCACGCCAGGUCUGGUCACUGUACACUGUUGAUCCAGUGUCUGGUCUUUCAUGGA